AUGUCAGAGUACGCAGAAGAGGUCGUGGUCAACAAAAAUAUUGAAGUCAGUACGAGUAUGUUUUGGCUUCCACCAUUGCCAUAUUACCAGGACAUACAGGAUGACUAUAUAUACGUUCAAGAUGUGGGGAAUAUAAAGGUUCCUGAUAUACACGAAAAGUUCUCCGCAAUCCUCACUAAUUCUGUGCACUUGGUGUCACCAAUCAUACUUUUCGUAGAAGAUGAUAUGUCUUCGGCUGUUGGAAAUCAUACGCAUAGUAUUGUUGAAUUUGAGGGUUCUUCUAUACGAUACAGCCUACAGCUAUAUAAAGGGAUCUCAACAUGGUUUUAUAAAAAGCAACAACUCGAAACAGAAGCGACAGGGCCACCUCAUGACCCUCCGAUGAUAAAGAAUGAGAUUCUCGAGAAGAACCUGAUUUUUGUUGGAAAGAAUACUUUUAAUUUUCUCGAAACAAUCUCGAAUAAAUCAUGGCUUGCAACGCAUAAAAAUUGCAGUGAGGGUCACUUUCGAGUUAAUGUUCACCUUAUCGAGAGAGGUCCUAUUUACUAUAAUGUCAACGGAUGUUUCGUUACCCAUAAAGUCUGUGGGGGUGCUCUUUUGAGCGAUCUCUUCCGGGUUCUCCUUGGGAAACAAAAGGGAUACUUCACCCGCGAAGACCCAGAAGACGAUGAAGGGUGGGGAGAGGCUCAAUGGGAGAAAGUGGAAUUUACGGAAGAGUGGUUAAUCGAGACAGUGAUGAGAAAUUGUUAUUACUUUAAGUGUGCGAGAGAGAAUCGAAUCACCAUCAAGCAGACAGGAUGGUUUGAGAAGAAGGAUUAUGUGUGGCUUUUGCCAAUAGCGCUCGAUUCGAGAAGAAUGAGGCCAGGUGAAGGCAUUAAUGGGGCUUUGAGUCCGCCGGGUUAA